UUGGUAUAUUUCUGAGGGUGUCACUGCCUAGCGCGCAUUUUUGUAAUUAACCCAAACAAGUUAAAGUUGGGAAAAAGUGUGGAAAAAAUGGCAGAUAAUUUUUCAUAUUGCACUCAAAUGCUCAAGGAACCACUGCAACUUGGAAAACUCGUUGGCUCUGGCUCACAAUUUGAGGUAGAACAGUCGCCAUUUGGGGCUGGCGAUGAUGAUUUUAAUGUCGACGAAAUGGAAGAUUGUGAUAACGCUCCAGAUGUUGAUGAAGAAGAGCUCGCCGAGGUCUGGUGCCAGACAAGGCACGUGUCGCUGUGCGCUAUAGUGGGAAGGCGAGAGUUCUCCUUUUGAUUCCUCAUUGAUGCGCCGAACUAAAUUCUAUUUUGAGACCGGUGCAGGUUGCGAUGUGCUAGAAGGCCUCCAGGCUGCUCUACUUAC